AUGGCUCCUUUCUGGAGCGGCGCAGCGGUCAGCCUGCUGGUGUCCGCCGGAAUUGUCUCUGGACCGACACCAUCCAGGCUGGGCGCUAGUCCCGGCUAUCAAGGAUUCAACGCGGUCUGUCCUGAGCGAUGUGUGGUCUCAGGACCCAAUCCCUCCAAGUGGUCGGAUUAUCAUAGCAUGGACCAGCUUGCUAGUUGCAAGCAAAGUAUACUCUACGCCUUCAACCUUUACGACAACGUGGAUGAUGCCGAGUCUCAUCACCUCAUCUUCGCCUGCACUUCCUAUGGCGAUGAUCGGACCGACGAGGUGAAGGUCAAGGCUGCUUCAUUGCAUGCUGCAAAGGAGCACCCGGUCAACUACGAAAUUGGCUGGAGGUCUUCUUCCUUAGAGGGCACCGAGUCCAACCACCGCUCUUUGGUCAGACAAAUGCGCGACUAUGUCGCCAACGGACACGCUUCACUUAGCAAGACCACCAUGCUCUAUACUGAGUUUGGCGGUGUUAUAGCUAGUCUCUACAUUAGCAAUGGUCUGUAA